CUCAUUAAUUCUGAUCGUGGAAAAUUAUCAUUCAACAAAGCACAAUUAUAUGUAUUAACGUUCAAAAUUGGAAGUCAAAUCGCUCUUUUUUGGUUUCAAUUUUAGAAGAUUUCAGUGUCCAAGAUGGCUGGGAUUGAUAAGGCUUAUGUGAAGGACAGGAAAGGUAUUUUGAAGAUAUGCGAGAUGAUCACAACUUGCAUUGCCUUUGCUUGCAUGAUCGUGGCUAACGAGGRUUUUUAUUACCCCUAUAACAACAAGUACAACACUCGCUAUGAUCUGUUCCUGGCAGUACACAUCAUCGGGUUUGUGAUGGCCAUCAUCAUCUUCAUUGUCCAUCUUUUCUCUGUUCAAGAUACACUGGGCUCUACCAAGAUCUGGAAAAUGGUGAAUCUCGUUUUCUGUUGCGCCCUAACUGUGUUGUGUGUGACGUCCGCUGGCCUGUUGAUCUUGUAUGCCGAGAACGAACAUCAAAGUUAUUUCUACGAGAUUGGUCAUAGUAAAUGGAAAUGGUACACUAACCACCGCAUCGUAGCUAUCGCUUUUGGUUUCUUUUCCUCGGUCGUCUUCGUCGUCGACGGCUUUUUCCAGUUCCUGGAGCUGCGCUGAAGAGGCUUCUGUUUCCAACUCCAGCCACGACAUUUUUUCUUAAGACCAAGAGUUUUUUCUGACCUAAAUAGAAUAAUUCAAUGGUCACUAAUUAAACCUCUAUGUAAGGACGUGUUGAUAAACUGAUAUUCUACGGUAUUAAAUAUUCCGAGGUUGAGGAAAAGACUGGGUCGAGUUGCCAUUGCAGUGCAUCAUGGGAGUAUUUUAGUGGACACAUUUCCAAGAUGGCAUCUAUUUUCGUCGCGUAAAACAGUCCCACAAUGCAAUGCAAUACUAACCCGACCCAGUCUUUUUCUCAAAACUCGGCAUGACUAAUAGUUUGGAUUGACUUAUUACCGAUCUAUGUGACUGUAUUUCAUCUAAGUUUUGAGGUAAAAAAAAUUUCAGCCUAAAGAUCAACUUUUCUAUCGACUAUUUUUCGUAGAGUAAAAGUAAAAUAAGACUAAAGACAAUAACUUAACGUUUAUUUUAGGUAAAAUGAAAUCAAAUAAAGGAAACUUUACUCUUU